AUGGCUUCUGCAGUGGUGGGUUUGAAUGAAUCUGUGAAGUGGCAGCUCAUAAGGCUUGUCAAUGGAGAUUCUAAACCUAGUGAAGAUCUGGACUCCAAGGUUAUGAAAGGUGAAGCCAUUAGUAGCAAUUAUUGCACUCCUGAGGAUGAAACUGAUGAUGCUAAUCAAGACUUUCAUUUGAAUAAGGACAGAGAGAAGGCGUUUCCUGUUAGAGAUGAAAGUUUGGAUUCUUCAUCAGACGAGUUUAACUAUCCUUAUAUUUAUCGUACAAGUGAAUCUAGGAUGAUCAAAAUAAAGAAUAUAAAAGAGAAUAUAUCAAUGGAACCAGAAUCGCCAUCAAAUUUCAACCCUAUUGGAUUGGCGGCCGAAUCUAACACUCCGGCUGUAACACCUGAUAAAUACAUUUGCAGCACUUGUCGCGUGAGUUUUCUAACUCCCCAAGCACUAGGUGGGCACAGAUCAAACCACAAAAAGUUCAAGGUGAAGGUUUACAACACCAUUGAUGAUCAGUCUUCAAUUGGAGCUUCCUAUACGAAAAAUGUAUCAAAAGCCAAUGCGAUCAAACAAUUGGAAGCUCUUGGAGUUCAAAAUCAAUGCCACUGCACUGGUGAGUGCAAUCAUGCUGAUCAUGUUACAUCUAUAGAUGAAGCAAAAAAAGAGAGAAAAGUUCAUGAGUUCGACCUCAAUGUGACGCUUGACGAGGAUGGCGAAAAGGGGAGGGAGCUUGAUAAUACAACCAAGGGCGAAUCCAGGACUUCAACUCAGCUAGAGCGGCUGUUGAUCGUGGGCCAUUGA